CACCCACCCACCCCGAGGUUAGUCCUUGCCGGAAAGGGUGCCCGAGACGCUGGGGAGCGCGCACCAUGAAGUCGGCACUGUGCAGCCGCUUCUUCAUCCUCCUGCCCUGGAUCCUGAUCGUCAUCAUCAUGCUGGACGUGGAUCCCCGCAGGCCCGCGCCCCAACUCACUUCGCGCCCCUACUUCUCGCCCCACACAGUGGGCUGCGGGGGCUCCCGAAUCCCGCUCCGACGGGGCAGCCUAGGGCGCGACGCUGCCGAGAGGCAGAAGCGCAACGAGUCUCGGCCUCCGCUGCAGGCGGAGCCGCGGUUGCCCACCAUCUAUGCCAUCACGCCCACCUACAGCCGCCCGGUGCAGAAAGCCGAGCUGACCCGCCUGGCCAACACGUUCCGCCAGGUGGCGCAGCUGCACUGGAUCCUGGUGGAGGAUCGAGCCACACGCAGCGAGCUGGUGAGCAGCUUCCUCGCGCGGGCCGGGCUGCCCAACACGCACCUGCACGUGCCCACGCCGCGGCGCUACAAGCGACCGUGGCUGCCACGCGCCACCGAACAGCGCAACGCCGGCCUCGCCUGGCUGCGCCAGAGGCACCAGCACCAGAGCGCGCAGCCCGGCGUGCUCUUCUUCGCCGACGACGACAACACCUACAGUCUGGAGCUCUUCCAGGAGAUGAGAACCACCCGCAAGGUUUCUGUCUGGCCUGUGGGUCUGGUUGGCGGGCGACGCUAUGAGCGUCCGUUGGUGAAGAAUGGCAAAGUCGUUGGCUGGUACACCGGGUGGAGAGAAGACAGGCCGUUUGCCAUCGACAUGGCAGGAUUUGCUGUGAGUCUGCAAGUCAUCUUGUCCAAUCCUAAAGCUGUGUUUAAGCGCCGUGGAUCUCAGCCAGGGAUGCAGGAAUCUGACUUUCUAAAGCAGAUAACGACAGUUGAAGAGCUGGAACCAAAAGCUAAUAACUGCACAAAGGUUCUCGUGUGGCACACUCGGACAGAGAAAGUCAAUCUAGCCAACGAGCCCAAGUACCACCUGGACACAGUGAACAUUGAGGUGUAGACACCAAGACCAGCAGAUGUACAAGAGGAAGUCUGGAGUUUAGGCUGCAGCUCAUUCAGGUAUUGUUCCUUUUCUCAGCCUUUCCUGUCAGCUGAUGGACAUCUGUUUAAAGAGCUAGCUGGAUGCUACAAAAUGUGUUGUCUUCAUUUGUUCUGCAUGUGUUCUCUAAAACGUAAUUGGAAAGAUUUUUGUACAAUGAAGUUACGUGACAUGUACGGCUCCUCCCUCCCUCAAGCCAUCUCAUAACUGAUGGAAUAGGUUUUAGAACCUGAUGAUGAAUAUUUUGUCAACUAAAUAGUCCCAACUCUUGGUUUCACAACACAAAAUAUUUGGAAAGUGUUAGUGGCAGUGUACACUGUAGGAAAUAAAACCCACAAAUAAAAAAAGGUGUGUGGAUUCAUCUGUUUAAUAUAGGGAAAUAACAUUUUGUCAAUACUAGGCACCAUAAAAUGUAAACACAAUUACUGUCAUAAACCUGGAUAUACCUUCAAGGAUUAAAAGUGGCUUUGUAAUAGUUACCCUGUGUGCAUAUAGUGCAGAAAAAAGGUCUUCAUAUUAGCACUAUGUACAUGAGAAGAGGUCCAAAUUAUAAGAGGCAGCAAAAAUUUGAAUUCUUAAAUCAUUAGGUUUUACAGUAACAUCCAGGUUUAUCUCCUUUCACUAAUCACGUUCCCUGUUAAGCACAUCAUAACAACAGCACAGUGAAGUGAGUGAUGAAUAAAAGAAUGAUAUACUAGAAAACAGUGUUCAGUGAUACAUUUACAUUCUAUUUAUAUGAUUAAACAUUUGAUCAUACAGUACCUUCCUACAGGAUUACUGGCUAAUUUGGGGGUGGGGUUUAUACUGUUAGAAGUAUUACUAACAUGAUAACUACUUCCCUUAUAUGCAAACAUUAGAGCUAUAAUUUUGAGAAUAAAACCGAUUAUGCGAGUUAACUGAGCAGCUUCUCAAUGUGGUUUAUGACAUCAUGGGAAACAUGAGCAAAGCUGCCCUCCACAGAAGAUGGGUUUCUCAACCUGCUUUCACAUCAAAUUUAAUCAGCACAGACCACCACGGUCAAUCAGGUAAUUCUUAAUGUGAACAAAUGGGGGAAAAGAAAAUACAUAUGUACAUGAAUAAACGGGAACCAGAUGCCUUUGUAGCGAGGAAUGUCGGGUGUUGGUUCUGGAUGAAACUCUGCUGCGGCUUUUCACUUCCACAGCUGUGUGCUCAGAGUCUGUCCCGAUGAGCUUCCAGACCACCCUGCUGUUGUGCUUGGGGGCUGGCCAAAACCUGUGGUCGGGUUUGCACUACUGAGACUCAUGCCAGCCAUUUGCUGAUUCAUCUGUGAAACAAAUAAAAGGCUUAGUUUACGAGGACUAUUUACCUCUCAUUCUCUAGCUACAGCCAGAUAUUUCAUCAUUAAUGUGAAAAUUAGUUAAGCGCUGGCAAAGCAGACCACACACAAGUUAUCUCUAUACUGAAUCUAAUAACUUUGUUACUUAUUUUUUCCUGUGUCUAUGAAGUAAUCCAUACUUAGUUCGCUUUCUAUAUACAAAUUUUUAUCCCAAAGAUUAACCAUAUUUGAAAAAAGUACCAAAGUAAUCUCUGCAUUUGUAUCUGAGUAUGAGUCCGUCCAUCUCUCUUUCAACUACACAGGAUAUUUUUUUCUGUGAUUCCCCAAGGACCAAGAAAUUUUAGAAAUUAAAACAUCCUAAAAUUACUCUAAUAUUUAUAAAAACCUGUAAUUCUCUAUUAACAUCCUAAAUGACUUUAAUAUACUUUCUAAAUGUUGAAAAGGUCAUAUAGCAUGUUUUGGGUUUUGUAUUGUAACAGCUAAAAUUAAAUUUCAUUAUAUGCUAUAAAAUAAAAGAUGUGUAUUUUUUUCCAGGCUAGAGUUCAGUACAUUUAUCAGCCUCUUAGCUAAUCCAGUGGUUCUCUCACUACCAAGGAUGAUGGAGCAGGAGAGGCAGGAUUUACCAUAAUACAGUUCCAAACCCAUGAGCAGUGUAAAGUGUGUUCUUUUUGUAAAACACAGUAACCACACCAGAGCUCCAUGUGUCUAGAGGCAAGCAGAUCACAAACACUCCCAUGGCCUUGCUGACAGGACUGUGGUUCAUCACUGGCUCAUCUGUAAUUUAACUGAAUGCUCAGUAUCCUGGCCACAGAAAAGCUGUCAUUAACAUCUGGCACUUGUAAUUGUCCAGGUUUCCAGUGUGUACACAGUGUGGUUCGUGUAGUCCUAUAAACCACACUUAUAAAAAGAAAUACCUCAUAAGUACUUGUAAGACAUUUGGUGAUUUUGCUAAUGUCCAUUAGAAAUCAACGUUCUGAAAGUAAAACUACUGGUCUUAUAGGAACGGAGACCCCUAAGAUGCAGGAAAGGCAAUGUGAACAUGAACGUUAAUUCAAAAGUCUCUGACUGCACAGCUACAGCAAAGUCAGGACAGCAUUUAAUACAGAAAUGUUACUCCUCGGCUUAAAACUAACCCAGAUAGACAUGGAAUUUAUGAGUGAGUACCCGAGGUAAGUAGGGUUUUACUAUCAUAGGGACUCUCCAGCCAAUGGGUGCUCCUCAUGCCCUAACCAUAUGACAGAGAGAGCCUUGAUCCCUCAUAAAACACUGCUUUGAGAAUAUGAAGCUGGCUUUCUUCUCAUUGGUAAGAGUUAACCAACAAGAAUCCAGGCUUACUAGUGAAGAUAGCCUGAAGUGGAUGACUAAAUGACCCCACCCAGCAGCUGAGUAAUGCUACUGCUAAGCCUUGCAGGUAGUAGAUGAGGAGGAGGUGUCUCUCGUAUGCUGUAAAAGAUAAGGUCUAGCUAGUACAGGUAGAUUAGGCAUUUUUCACAUUACAGGCUGAAAUGGGAAAAGGAGAAUCCUAAUGUUUCUUUACAGAAUACUCUUAAAAACAGUACAGUAAAAAGUCAUUUAUCUAUCUGAUAAACCCUCAUGACGUCUAUAAAACAUUAGAUUUCACAGCGAACUACUCAGAAUAUGCGCAUGGCUUCUUAGAUUUGAGGUGGUAGACAGUUCAUGAGUCCUACCUGUGAGAGAUUCCACUGAGGCUGCUGAGCUUGUGGCAGGCCAAACUUACUCUGUGGUGCACCCAUCUGUCCUACCAUUCCUCCUUGAGGGCCAACAACAUUCUGAGGAAGUUGCAUCACUCCAGUCUGUGCAUUUCCCAUAAACCCAUUGGGCAUGGGCAUGCCCACCAUCAUGCUAGUAUUUUGUCCCAUCAUGUUUCCUAUAAGACCGGGAGCCGCAGGCACUGGUACACCCAUGGAAGGAAAACCUUGAAAUGCAGUCGCUGCUUGUGAGGUAAAUGGUAUAUUUGUAGGUCCCAUAAACACACCUGUAUUAAGAACCAUAAAUUUAAAAAAAAAAAAAAGGUCAAAAAGAGGCUCUUUAAUAUGGCUGCACUCAUCUCCAGAUACAGAAAAGAGAUAGCUUCCUGACCCACCGAGCAGACAGCUUAAAAUAACCCAUACCUUCAAAGCCUGUUAUUUCCAUAACACAGACAAAUGUACUGUCUAUUGUGAAAGGCAAAUGCACAGCCUGAGAGUACAUGUUGCUCCUGCUCACUCCCAAACCAACCAGGCAGGUAACCAGGUGGUUAUUUCCUUUUAUGAGGAAGUAGGUGGGUAGCCACACGGUUCCAGUCUAUUUUUGAGACAAGUUUAUUUUGGAUGAAAGGGCUUGAUGGAUUAAAACUGAAUGAAUUGAAUGCUUUUAUUUCACUAUAAUGACAAGGCAUUUAAGUUUUGCACAUUUGCUUAUUUGUUUGCCUGUAGAGCAAAUAGAGGGUAUACAAAGUCAAAGUUCAUGUAAAUCAAAUUCUAGUGAUUGUUCAAAGAAAUUCAUGUCCUAUAAACUUGUAGAACAAUAUUAAGUGAUAUGUGAACAACCUGUCAAAUGAAUAAAGUUUUGUGAAUCCUA